AUGCCUCCGGCCCGGAACCUCCGCACACGAGGCGCCAUGAAUGAGAAUGACGAGAACGGUCCGCUGACGCGGGCUAAGGCCGCUGCUCUGUCAGGAGACGCUUCCUCGACAGGGGCUAUCAAGAAACCACUCCAGACCAAGAAAGCCGCCACAACUGCCACCGGAACACAAAGAAAGCGCGCCGCCCUUGGUGAUGUGAGCAACGUUGCCAAGACUGAAAAUAGCGAGGCCAAGGACGCGAAGAAGUCUGCCACAACCAAGGUUGGUUUGACAUCAAAGGCUACAUUGCAAGCUGGGGGAGUCCAGAAACUCAGUCGUAAUAAUUCGUCUCGCACCGCCCUCGGAGCCAAGGACAAUAAUGCGAAGAAACCGGUCCCAGAGGCCAAGCGCCCUGGAAGUGGAUCCGGAGUCGGUAGCACACAGAUGAAGCGCACAAGCAGCCAGAAGUCACUUCAGGAGAAGACAUUACUGGCAGAGGAACCACCACGCAAGAAGCUCGAGCUCGAGAAGAAAGCCACAGAGAAGAAGACCGAGGUCGCCUCGAAGGUGAAGGAUGAUGUGCAGCCUCAGGCUCGGGCGGAGGAUCUCCAGAACCCCCCCCAAGAAGUCAUUGAUGACCUCGACACCGAAGAUUUGGAUGACCCCUUGAUGGCUGCCGAGUAUGUGGUUGAGAUUUUCGAAUAUUUGCGAGACCUCGAACUGGAAACAUUACCCAACCCUCUCUACAUCGAUCACCAGCCAGAUCUCGAGUGGAAGAUGCGCGGUAUCUUGGUCGAUUGGCUCAUCGAGGUCCACACCCGCUUUCGUCUCCUUCCCGAAACUCUUUUCCUCGCUGUCAACAUUAUCGACCGUUUCCUCUCCGCCGAGGUCGUCGCCUUAGACCGUCUGCAAUUGGUUGGUGUCGCCGCCAUGUUCAUCGCAUCCAAAUACGAGGAGGUUCUCUCGCCCCAUGUUGCCAACUUCAGUCAUGUCGCGGACGAGACCUUCUCGGACAAGGAGAUUCUUGACGCCGAACGCCAUAUCCUCGCCACGCUCGAAUACAACAUGAGCUAUCCCAAUCCAAUGAACUUCCUCCGUCGAAUCUCCAAGGCGGACAAUUACGAUAUUCAAACGCGUACUCUCGGGAAAUACCUCAUGGAAAUCAGCCUCUUGGAUCAUAGGUUUAUGGGUUACCCCCAGAGCCAUGUCGCUGCUGCCGCUAUGUACCUGGCUCGCGUCGUCCUGGACCGUGGUGCUUGGGAUGCAACUUUGGCCCACUACGCGGGAUACAGCGAAGAUGAGAUUGACCCGGUUUUCCGAUUGAUGAUUGACUACCUCCACCGCCCCGUUUGCCACGAAGCAUUCUUUAAGAAAUAUGCAAGCAAGAAGUUCCUUAAAGCAUCAAUUCUUACCCGACAAUGGGCCAAGAAAUAUCACCAUCUCUACAUCGAAAGCGCCCUCUCGGAACCGUACAACUCCAUCAAAGACGAAUAA